AUGAGCAUGGCAACCGAACAAUCGACUCUCCACGCCGACACAUCGCCGGCGACUGUUUCGAGCGAGCCCACCGACGGCAUCGCCUCGUUCAGCUUUAUGGGGCUGCUCGGCACACAGUUCCUCGGUGCAUUCAACGACAACAUGUACCGUUGGCUGAUCAUUUGGGUGGCCCAAGACCUGGUGGCCACUCAGCAGCACGACAUGAUCCGCUCGGUCGGUGCCGCAGCAUUGAUGCUGCCGUUUCUGUUCUUAGCCGCCCCCUCGGGUUAUUUGGCAGAUCGGUUCAGCAAACGCAGCGUGAUGGUCAGCGUGAAGUUCGCCGAGAUGGUCAUCAUGGGCCUGGGUGCUCUGGCGAUUUCAAUCGGGAACAUUCCAUUCAUGCUCGUCGUGAUGGUCUUCAUGGGCGGACAAAGUGCGCUGUUCGGCCCGUCGAAGUACGGCAGUAUCCCCGAGCUGGUACGUCGCGAUCAGAUCACCAAAGCCAAUGGCCUAAUCGGCAUGACAACCGUCAUUGCGAUUGUCGGCGGCACCAUCAGUGCAAGUUUUCUCUACGAAUGGACACGGCCCGACGCCGGAGGAAGUUACUGGGGUGCGGCCAUCGCUUUGGUCAGCGUUUCGUUCAUGGGGCUGCUUACGAGCCUUCUGAUUCGCAAGGUGCCCGCAGCCGAUCCUGAGCGCGCCAUGCCCUGGAACGUGCCCCAGCAUACGUUUCGCGACCUGAAGAAGUUAUUCAGCACCAAAGUCUUGGUGGGUUGUGCUCUGGGACUGGCUUUUUUCUGGGGAAUGGCGGCACUUUCGCAGAUUGCCAUCGACAACUUCGGGCAAAACGCUUUGAUCCUCACCGAAGACCAGUCGCAGCAUAAGCAACACAUCGUGAGUCUGCUGCUGGCCGCAAUGGCCGCGGGAAUCGGUGUCGGAAGUGUCCUGGCCGGGUUGCUCUCGGGCAAACGAAUCGAACUAGGGCUGAUUCCCUACGGGGCAUUCGGAAUGUCGGUGUGCAUGAUCCUGCUGGGCACCUUGAGCCUCACCCCGUUCGCCGCCGGGAUCAUCUUAUUCGUACUCGGCAUCUGCGCCGGUUUGUUCGAUAUCCCGCUGGAAGCCUUGUUGCAGCAAAAGGCACCGCCACAACAUCGCGGUUCAAUUCUAGCCGCCUACAGCUUCGUCACCUUUGCUGCGAUGCUGAUUGUCUCGGGCGUGGUGUAUCCCUUGAUGGGGUCGGGCGUGGCGAUGGGUGGCCUGGGGCAAGUCGGCAUCGGACUCGAUGCCUCGGAGAUCUUUCUUGCCAUCGGAUUGGUCACCGCUGCGGUUGCCGUGGCGACUGUCUUCAUCCUGCCCCCAGCCCUGAUUGAAUUCACGAUGAGGGUGAUCAGCAAGAUAUUCUAUCGCAUUGAUGUCCAAGGAAUGAGUAACAUACCUAAAGAAGGUGGCGCUCUGAUUGUGUCGAACCAUGUGUCGUGGGCCGACGCAGUGCUGCUGUACCUGAACUCGCCGCGGCCGAUUCGCAUGAUCGGCUACGGACCCUAUGUCGAGAAAGGGUUCAUGGCAUGGAUGUCACGCUGGUUUGCGGUGAUCCCGAUCAAUCCUGGCUCCGGCCGCCGAUCCAUCGUGCAGUCGAUCGAAACCGCUCGAGAUGCGGUUCGCUCAGGCGAUCUGGUCUGCAUCUUUCCCGAGGGAGGCUUAACCCGCUCGGGGCAGAUGCUGGAUUUCAAGCCCGGGGCGGCCUCGAUCAUCCGCGGAACCGAUGCUCCCGUCAUCCCGGUUCACCUGGGAGGACUGUGGGGCAGCAUAUUUAGCUACUGGGGAGGUCGCUUUUUCUGGAAGAUUCCGCGUAAAAUUCCAUAUCGGCUCAGCAUUCGAGUUGGCGAGCCGAUGCUCAAUCCCCGAUCUAUCCAAGAAAUCGAACAGGCCGUCAAAAAACUGGAAGGCUUGAACUAUGAAUACGCGAGCGGUUCGCGGAAGAAGUGCUUUGACAGUACCGGCAGUUCGGCCAGUGGAGCCGACCUGGUUCUGAAGUCGCUCGUAUUUCGCCGCCUACUGAUGCGUGAAGUGCUCGGCAAGGACGAGAAAUAUGUAGGGCUGCUGUUGCCACCCUCGGUGGGUAGCGUGUUGGCCAACGUUGCGCUGCCGCUGGCAGGUCGCAUCGCGGUGAACCUGAACUAUACCGUCUCGACCGAGAUCAUGGAUUCGUGCAUUCGGCAGUGUGGCAUUCGCCACGUGCUGACAAGCAAGAAGGUGACUUCCCGACUUAGUCACUUGAAGAUCAAUGCCGAGGUCGUGUACCUCGAAGACCUGAUCGACAAGGUCAAGCUCUCAGACAAGAUCGCCGCCGCAUUCCAAGCGAAGGUGAUGCCCAUUGGGAUGCUCGAGAAAUGGUUGGGAGUGCACAAGAUUCAGCCCGACGAUUUAUUGACCGUGCUGUUCACCUCCGGAUCGACCGGCGAACCCAAAGGCGUGAUGCUCUCACAUCGCAACGUGGGCACCAACGUGCUGGCGAUCGAUGAAGUGAUCCACCUGAAGGAAACCGAUGUGGCGUUGGGCGUGUUGCCGUUCUUCCAUUCGUAUGGAUACACGGCCACGCUGUGGACCGUGCUCGCAUUGAAUCCUUCUGCCGUCUAUCACUUCAAUCCGCUGGAAGCCAAGAUCGUAGGCGAGCUGAGUCAUAAGCAUAAAGUUUCGAUCCUCAUCAGCACGCCCACUUUCCUACGAGCCUAUUUGCGGCGCUGCGAGCCAGAACAGUUCCAAUGGGUCGACGUCAUCUUCGCCAGUGCAGAGAAGCUGCCGAUCGAACUCUCCGAUGCGUUUGAAGCAAAGUUCGGCACCCGACCUUCGGAAGCAUAUGGAGCGACUGAGAUGUCGCCCCUAAUUGCCGUGAACGUUCCACCGAGCCGUGUUCACGACCCCGACGGACUGUUUGCCAAAGACGGCACCGUGGGCCGUGCGAUUCCUGACCUCGAAGCGAAGACCGUUGACCCCGAUACCGGGGAAGACUUGGAGCCGGGCGAAGCGGGGAUGCUGCUGCUACGUGGGCCCAACGUGAUGAUGGGCUACAUGAACCAGCCGGAGAAGACCGCCGAAGUCAUCCGCGACGGCUGGUACGUCACGGGCGACAUCGCCAUGAUCGACGAGGAUGGGUUCAUUCACAUCACCGGCCGAAUCAACCGCUUCUCCAAGAUCGGCGGAGAGAUGGUACCGCACAUUAAAAUCGAGGAUCGCAUUAAGCAGAUUCUAGAUGCCGGCGAAGAGGAGCUGAAGGCCGUUGUGACCGCGGUGCCCGACAAGAAGCGCGGCGAGCGGAUCGUGGUGGUUCACCUCCCCCUGGAGAAGACGCCUGCGGAAAUUUGCAAGGCUCUGGGGGAAACCGAUCUCCCCAAUCUGUGGGUCCCCGCGACGGAUAGUUUUUUGGAAGUAGAUGAAAUUCCUGUGCUGGGUACUGGCAAGCUCGAUUUGAAAGGGCUGAAGGACUUGGCCAUGGAGCACUUCUCCGAGACCGUCGCUGGCUAG